GAUUUCCUAAAUUUUAAGCAUUAGGGUUCGUCUUAUACGGAGCAGCAUAUAUGUAAUUAUAUGAUUGGUUUGGCUCAGAUAUUUCUAUCUAGCCGAAUUUAUAUUCAAUUCGUAUUCUCGAGCUAUUUAUUGAUUAUGUUGGUGAGUGAAUUUUUUUGUCUUUAAAAGCUUUAUCUUUUGGUAAAAUUUGGUUUGUGUUUAUUAUUGUUGGAUGUCUCUCCUCUUUUGCUUUCACGAAAAAUGCAGAAACAAAUUGAAGCCGGCAGUAUGGAUUGUGAUGUGGAAAAGAAAGUUGGAGGCGGCGGUGAAAAGAGAAGCGGAUCCCCUGUUGUUGCCGACCCUGCUGCCUCCAAGAAGAAGCACAGGAGCGAGCUUGUUGAAGAGUCCAUUGUAGAGACGGAGACUGAUGAAGAGUCUCAGAUUGACGAAGAGCCUAUGACCCGUUUUCCACUGCUGCCUGAUGAUGAAGAGGAGAUGAAGCUUCUUCUUCAAAGAGUGAAUGAGAAACGUAACUUGCAGCGAGGUCUAAAGUGGACUGUUUAUAGAUUCAUGGUACACGAGGAUGACAAGGAGAAGUUCAUAUCCUUAGUGGAAUCCUUAAACAAGGAUUAUAACAAGGAGAAUAACUCACUGAUAGAAUAUUUUGAGGGUCCCCCGAAAUGUGUUAUGGUGGCUGUGGAGGCAAACACUCUAGACACAAAGACUGUUGUUGGCUUUAGUGAAAUUGUUGACCAAUUUUAUGGUGUUUCUCAAAAUUCAAACCAAGACAAGGUCACAGCGCGACUGCUUUUUUUUGAGUCUGAAGUAAUGUAUCUUCUAAACCGUAGAAAGAUCCAAAGGCUUGCUGUUUCUCAACAUUGUAAUAUCAAUAUAUAUACUUCAGGUUUUCCAUCAUGUGAUAUAUUCGAGAAUGAUAUUAUUGUUGGUGUAGAAGGCAAGCAUCAUGACGUAUGUACAACACUCGUGGAGAUGCUUUCUGUGGUCUAUGAUGAGUUCCGAUAUGACAAGAGCCGCAUACAUUCUAUGGAAAUGAUGAUGCGCGAUCUCCCAACCAGUGGAUUACUUCAUGAAGUGCAAAUCUAUGGAAAAAGCGCGCCAAAGAUGAUGGCUUCAUAUGAAGACGGAAAGGAGAUGAUGCCUAUAGAUUAUCAUUUCAUAGGCAAGUCAUACAUUAGAGUGCAUUUUCCACUGGGCUAUGCCAAUCUAUUGACUCGAGAAGAAGGUAAAUUAAUAAACAGUAUUCGUGGCCCACUGAAUGCUGAAUUUGAAGUCAGUCUGACAUAUUAUGGAUGCACCGAGUCCAUGAAGUUCAUCAUUUUCGGGAAGUCCAUGAGUGUAGCUAGAGAUGCUUUGGAGACGUUUGUGAAAGAGCUAAGAGAUAUGGGUGAUGUUCAAGCUCUGGAACUGGCUGAUAUUGUGGAAAACAGGGGGUUUAUUAGCCAUGGUUGGUUUGACUUAAAUGGGAUUUGGGGCUCAGAUGACGAUGAUGACUGUUGGUGGUAAUUAUUGUAUGCUAACAUGAUGUUUCGUCACUAUUAAGAUAUUUUGAUACAUUGCGAGUAUGCUAACAACAUUUUAACCCAUGUAUGUGUAAAUUAAGAUUUGUCCUAAUGUUGUGUCUGCCAAUUAAAUGUUAAUUUGUUUAGACCAUAUCACCUACCCAUGAGGCAUGUAAUGAUUCUGUUGUAUUGAUAUAAAAAUGUGUUCGGUUG